AUGGCUGCCGGCAACAGUAAUGUUACAACGGAUCAAUUAGCCCUUCUUGCGCUAAGAGAUCGCAGGAUCAAUUCAGAGCCUCGAGAAAUCUUGGCAAAAAACUGGUCCAUUACCUCCUCUGUUUGUGAUUGGAUAGGGGUCACCUUCGGCUCUCGACACCACCGAGUGACUGUCUUGAAUAUCUCAAAUAUGAACCUUACUGGUACCUUACCUCCUCAACUUGGGAACCUGUCCUUUCUGGUUUCCCUUAACAUUAGCAGGAACAAUUUCCAUGGAGAAUUGCCCGGUGAGUUAGUUCACUUGCGCAGAUUGAGAUACCUUGAUUUUGGGAUCAACAAUCUAGGUGGAGAGCUUCCCUCCUGCUUUAUGGGUUCCAUCCCGCCUUCCAUCUCUAACAUGUCAAACUUGGAGACGCUACUGCUGUCUUUCAAUUUCAUUGAGGGGACCGUUCCAAUAGAAUUUCAGAAUCUUCAUAAUUUGAAGAAUUUGCUUAUUGAGUAUAACCAGCUUUCUGGUCCUUUGCCUCUCCAUGUUUUCAAUCUUUCCUCACUGGAAAUAAUUUCCUUCAUGCAUAACAGCCUAUCAGGCAUUCUUCCGGACGACGUCUGUCAGCGCCUUCAGAAACUUACAUGGCUUAGUCUACAAUAUAACAAUUUGAUUGGUCGAAUACCGUCAACAGUGUCUCAGUGUUCACUGCUUCGGUAUCUUGCCUUGUCUGAGAACCGUUUAAGUGGACCGAUACCCAUGGGAAUUGCGAACUUGACAAUGCUGGAGGAACUAUACCUGGAGAGCAACAAUUUAACAGGUGCAAUCCCAAAUGAAAUAGGGAAUCUAACUAUGUUGACGAUUUUAAGUUUUGGUGACAACAAAUUGAUUGACAGGUAUGUCUUCGCUCCUAAUGACAAGGUCUUGAUUGCUUAA